AUGACCGACAUCCAACCGCGUACCGUCGUCUACUGUGGCGUAUGUCUGUUCCCGCCUGAGUACUGUGAGUUUGGCUCCAAGAAGAAGCGGUGCAGCGAGUGGCUUCAGCUGAACAACCCCGACCUCUACGCCGAGCUCCAGGGGGACACCGUCACCGAAGGGAUGAGCACUCUCUCCCUCGAAAAGCAGCAGAAGAUCGCCGACGAGUUGCUCAAACAGAAUAAGAAAGAAGAGGCUAAGGCCGAAAGAGAGAUGCAGAAGAAGCUCAACUCUAAGGUCACCAUCAAGCGCAUCGAGCGUAACAAGCGCAAGCACAUCAUCUCGAUCACGGGGCUCGAGGUGUUUGAGAUCGACAUGAAGAAGCUCGCCAAGACGUUCGCCUCCAAGUUUGCUACGGGCGCAUCGUUGGGUAAGACUGCUGAUAAGAAAGAGGAGAUCUUAGUCCAAGGUGACGUGCUGGAUGAAGCGAAAGAGUACAUCGAGAAGCUUUUGGAAGAGAAGGGCUUAAGCGACGUCAAGGUCGAGCAGGUCGACGACAAGAAGAAGAAGAAAAAGGAAGCCGCUCCCGGUACCCCUGGCGCUGCCUCUACCUGA